AUGUCCAUGAAGCCACGGCCCACGCCGCCGUUCAUCAACAGGUUGAUCGUUGGUACUAUUGCCACGAUCGCUGGGAUAUAUGUCAUAAAAGACGCAGGAAAAGACUUUGAGUGGAUCAAGUUCGAGCCGCACUCCCCCGACGAGAUCGAGAGAAGGCGCAAAGAAGGUGUUGGCAUGAAGAUGAAGACCUUGGAGACUCGUACGUUGGACUACACCCCUGAAGCGAAGGAGAGGUUGAAGAAGUUGGUGGAGGAGAACCAGAAAGAUGACUGA